AUGCAUCUAAUGUACACCACCUCCCCCUCGGGCAAACGCGUCUACACCCUCCAGAAAGUCGUCGGCGCCUCAGUCACGAAAUCCGCACACCCGGCUCGCUUCUCCCCCGACGACAAGUACUCGCGCCACCGGGUGACGCUGAAGAAGAGAUAUGGAUUGCUCUUGACGCAGCAGAGCUAA